UUCAACUGCAUGCACAUCCGCCUUCGGAGAUUAUUUUCCAGCUCACGUCCCCCUUUUUCUUUCAUCCGUUCACUUUUGCACCCGGUGCGUUUUUCGGGUUUUCCGACCAGUUUCUGGAGCCAUGCGGGUGCUGCUGCUGCUGGCGCUGGCGGGCUUGUCCCUGGUUGUGCGCGGAGCCGACAAGAAGAAGCUGCAGAUCGGCAUCAAGAAACGCGUGGACAACUGCGCCGUGAAGUCCCGUAAGGGCGACGUGCUGCACAUGCACUACACCGGCAAGCUGGAGGACGGCACCGAGUUCGACAGCAGCAUCCCCCGGGACAGGCCCUUCACCUUCACGCUGGGCACCGGCCAGGUGAUCAAGGGCUGGGACCAGGGCCUGCUGGGCAUGUGCGAGGGCGAGAAGAGGAAGCUGGUGAUCCCCGCGGAGCUGGGCUACGGAGACCGCGGAGCUCCGCCCAAGAUCCCCGGCGGAGCCACGCUCAUCUUCGAGGUGGAGCUGCUCAGCAUCGACCGGAGGUCCGACCUCUGACCGAGACACACGGGGAGAGGAUGAUGGGCUUUAUUGUUCCAGGAGGUGCUGCAGCAUUAGGUGGAGACCGUUUGAUGAAGGGUGGAGGGAAAAUCUCAGAGUCAAGUCAACACUGAGCCAUUCUCUCCUUUUUUUAUUGGCUUCGAUCAUUGUGACCUGAUGUAUUGGACUUUGGUUGUUUUAUGAUACGAGAACUGACGGCUGGUGUGGUAAACACGAGGAGAGCUGACAGUCAGCAGCUAAGUCCAGCCCUGCAGAGCCCUGGUGAUCACAGUGCCCUGCUGCUUCAUCAUUGGCAUCUUUAUUUUCAUGUGUUUUCUAAGCAGGUUAAUUGACAUCUCUGUUUUUUUCUUUUACAAUGAAUUUACACUGUUAACCAGACCGAGGUCAGGAUAGUGAAAGGUCAUUUUUCUCAAUGAGUAUGUGAUUUAAAAAUAAAACAUUGACCUCAUGGUGACCCUUAAA